CUCCCAGCAUUGGUGAAUCAGCCAGUGGCCUGUCGGUAUCACAACCAAUCGGAGUUUGAGUUCUUUAUCGUUGCAGCGCUAUGCCCUAUCCAAUAACCGACUGUGAUCAAGUGAUAUGUUUUUAGAAGGCAGAGGAACUGGGAAAGGAAGAAAUGAAAUGUUUUGUAAUGUAUUAGUGAACUUUAAUCUAAACAAAAUAAUAAUACAUUCAACAAAACGAGACGGGCAAGCAGAAAAAUAUGGAGUGUUUCUGAAACACAGCGGCACUGAUGUUAUUUGAAAGAUGAAGAAAAUGCUGUAUGAUAGUACAGGGAAGAUUAUGUUGAUAAUGACAAUGAACUAGAAUUGUUUAGACAAUAAUAGGGCCUCCAGACUCUUAAGGAAUGACUGUGAGUUUGAUUGUAGAUACCUAUUUGUAUAUUCUGAGCAGGGCGGGAAACUUGCGGCUCAGUCAGGGUCAAAGGCGAGCAUCUUUACAGUUGACCAGCAUCCACUCCAGGGUAAAUCCGACCAGGAUCCUUCACAUCCGAAGACCACUCGGUGGUAAAGUAGCAUACUUGAAGCAGGGUCAAUGCACAAAAAACAAGGGUGUGAAAUUAAUUUUUAGCAGAGGCAGUUACCUCAGGAGCAAAUUUGGUUUAUACUCUAACAUUUCCCAGUUCAGUACCUCAUUAUCACAUGGAUCAACAAGCCUGAGCCAUUGCAUGUCUCGAAUCAAGAACACCUUGGACUCUGUUUCGAAAGCCGUCAGCAGCACUCAUACCGAGCUCCUGUUGAAAAUUGUCCGACUGAAGCCAAGCGCGAGUGCAGCAAGGAAGGAAAUAGAACCCAUAGUACAGUUUAAAUGUGAUGAUUCUGACAAACGUGCAUCGGUUGCUGCUGAUCCAAAACCUAAUAAACUUGAAAACGAAAAGCAGCCCUUGGAGAAACCCAUCCUAGCUCAUGGAAAUUCAGCAUCCAUUGCAAAGAAAACGUCCAGAGAUUCUUCAGGUGCUAAAGGGACAAAACCAGAUCUGUUCCAUCCUAGCUACUUUACCACCAAUUUUGGUGAAACCUACAAUUUUGUAGCGACUCACGUGAAUGUUUAUUUUGGGGGCAAAACAGACAUGGAUCAAGUAAAGCCCGAUAAAAAAGAUGAUACCACCAAAUCUCCAAAUUCAGCAGUGUCUUCUGAAUCCACACCUGGUGCUUCUGUUCCAACUUCUCCUAAAAAGGGAAUAGCCCAGGCAUUUAUGGGCAGCUAUCUCGGCACCUUGGUACCGAGAUUUCGGUCCGAGUCUCAAAGUAUUGCAGAAGCCAAACAUACGCUGCAGUCAGCAGUGGAAGAGACGGCAAACAAGGGGGAGACGGUGACUGUUAAGGAGCCCAAGACAUCAGAUGACAAAGCCAAGCGUCUCUCACUUCAGAGAGAAAAGAUAAUUGCAAGAGUUAGUGUGGAUAACCGAACCAGAGCGUUAGUCCAAGCACUGCAGAGAGCCUCUGAUGUAAAGGUCUAUAUCAGCAGGGUUGAGGAACUGAGUUAUCAUCUAUUAGAGUUCCCAGAAACCAAAGGUGUAGCCGUGAAGGAGAAGGUCAUUCCUUGCUUGUUGCGACUAAGGCAGGCCAGUGAUGAGGAUGCUGUCAGAGAGGCUCUGUCUUUGGUGGGAUACAUAGACCCAGUGAAAGGGCGUGGCAUUCGAGUGCUUUCCAUUGAUGGUGGGGGAACAAGGGGACUGGUUGCACUUCAGACUCUUCAUAAACUGGAAGAGCUGACUGGAAAGCCAAUCUAUCAGCUGUUUGAUUAUAUAUGCGGCGUUAGCACAGGGGCUAUACUAGGCUUUAUGCUGGGGCUGUUCCAGAUUCCUCUUGCUGAGUGUGAGGAUUUGUACAGGAGGCUGGGCUCUGAUGUGUUCAAACAGAAUGUCAUUGUUGGGACAGUGAAGAUGGGCUGGAGCCAUGCCUUUUAUGACAGUGAAAUAUGGGAAACCAUACUGAAGGAAAGAAUAGGAUCUGAUCUCAUGAUAGAAACUGCUAGGAAUGCAAAAUGUCCAAAGGUGGCAGCAGUGAGUACAAUAGUGAAUCGAGGAACACCUUUGAAAGCUUAUGUCUUCAGGAACUACAACCUUCCCCCUGGAGUGAAAUCACACUACUUAGGAGGCUGCCAUCACAAGCUCUGGCAGGCUCUCCGAGCCUCCUCUGCCGCACCUGGCUAUUUCCAAGAAUUUGUUCUGGGAAACGACCUGCAUCAGGAUGGAGGCUUGCUGAUAAACAACCCAUCUGCAUUGGCAAUUCAUGAGUGUAAAUGUCUGUGGCCAAAUACCCCUGUGCAGUGCUUGGUAUCUCUGGGAACUGGACGCUAUGAGAGUGAGGGCAAGAACAAUGCCACCUACACAAGUCUCAAAACAAAAUUAACUAAUGUGAUCAGCAGUGCCACUGACACAGAAGAGGUUCACACAAUGCUUGAUGCCUUGUUGCCUCCAAAUACAUAUUUCCGUUUCAACCCUCACUUGAAUGAGGAUAUACAGUUGAAUGAAAACCGGAAUGAAAAACUGAACCUGUUGCAGACAGAAGGGACUCGUUAUCUGGAGAGGAAUGAGGAAAAGCUUAAAAAAGCUGCUGAAAUACUAGUGCAGGACAAGACGACUUUUCAGAGAGUAAAUGACUGGAUAAAAUGUAAAACUGACAUGUAUGAUGGCCUGCCAUGUUUAUCAAAAUUGUAAUGCAACUAACAAAGCAAAAUGGAGAAUCUGCUUAACUCAAGUUGAGUUUAGCCCUAUUGGUCUAAGUGGAAAGUAAGGGAACAAGUCAAGUGUAAGGAAAAUGAUGACUAUUCAGGAGCAGCAGAAGACUGGAGCCAUGUGUUUCAGCCAUGCAGAAGCUGAAUAUUGCUUUACUGUAAUUUCAACUUCAGAUUAGUUUUGCUUUCUGGAAAAGCACUUGACAGCAGUGUAAUUUUAAUGCAAUAGUGUCACCAAUGUCCUUUUUUGUUCUUCUCAAUUGUGAUUAUUUUAUUAUUUAUUUAUUAUUUAUCAGUUUCAGUGUUUGACAACAUAAAAUGCAGUUUGUUUUUUUUUCUUUUGAAAUUGUUAACAUGUAAUCACAAACGUAGUGUGCCAUACUUCCUUCCCCCUUGCCCUCUUAUUUUCAUUAUACCAUUGAUAUUGAAAUAUAAUGAAACCACUAAACCUACCAUUACAAUUUCUCUGUUUCUGUGUUUCCAGUCUCAUUUGAAGGUUCAACUAAAUGUUUGAAGUGUCUCAAUAUAUUUAGAUGUUCUUUUGUUAAUAGGAAUGCCUUUUUCUAUAAUGCUUGAUUGAUACUAUAAUUAAAUUAAAAUAAAUGUAUGUAUUUCAUCAAAUGACACAAUCGAGUUCCUCUAUACAUGUGCUACUUGUAAAAUACACAAGAAGAGAAUGCUUAUAUUUACCUCAUCUGUAUGUAAAUUGUAAUACAGAUAUAUCCGAAACCAUAGAAUAUUCAUAAGCAUGUUGAAAUGGAAAAGAUAGACGGACAGAUAUUGCCCCUGGGCUGCUUUUCCCUAUAACCUGGGUGUUCCUCACCAACCCAUGUUAGUAACCCUAUAAUCUUGUCCCCAGUCGUUUGCUACCUUCACUUAAGAAUUCCCAUUGCUCUGCACAUCCAAUGCAGCUAAAUGAAGCAGUGAAGAGACUUUAAAAUCACCCUGUGUUCUGUUUUGACAAGUUUAAUUUCUGUUGCAUAUAAAGUUGACCAUGUUUAGAAAGGAAGGUUUGUUUUGUAUGUCAUUUUUAUGAAACAAUGUAUUGUCUUGUAUGGUAGGUUAAUUAAAAUAACCUAUUUAAAGUCAAAGAAAUAAAACAUAGUUGAAUGCA